GAGUUGAAGGCUAUGUCAGACAGUCAGAAAGCCAAGAUAAAAGAAAACACUGAUUUCUCUUUAAAUUACUCACCAAUCAGAAGAGUUAAUAAUGGUUUAGCGGGAACAAUUAUGUCGGCUAAUGAGGACACGUUUGCCAUGGAGACAGAAGAUGAUGCUAGGCGAUCCAGUACACCAACAUUUGGAGGAACAUUCCUUGGAGAUAGCAGUCUACACUGUGACAUUUCCCACAUGGAAACUAAAGAUACUGUGGCCAGAAUUCAUAAUAUGAUGAAGGAAACAACUCUCAUGAUAAAGGAUAAAGCAGCUGGCGGUCAGUUACAGCCACCAGAGGUUGACAUCGGAAGUUGAAACCUGGCACCAGUUAGUGUUCACUGUAAACAAGAUUAUGUUGAUGUCUUAUUGACUGAUCAUAGAUGCUGUGAAAUUAUUAGGUUGUGAUUAAAGGAUUCAUGGAAGACAAAUAAUGUGAAAUAUGUAUGUUGUGGUGGAGGGAUAUAUGAAAGACGCAUAAUGUGAAACAGGUGCUAUGAUGAAGGGAUUCGUUAAAGACACAAACUGUUAAAUAUAUAUGUUGUGAUGAAGGGAUUCAUUUAAGACACCCGUAUACCAUGAAAUAUGUGUUGUGAUAGAGGAAAUCAUUAAGACACCCGUAUACUGUGAAAAAGAUAUUCUGUGAUGAAUGGAUCUAAAAAAUGCACACACUGAAUUUUGUGCAGAAACAUAUGACUUCAAAAUAUUAUGAGAAUUUUAUAAGCUGUUCAGUUACAUCAAGCCACCAUGGUAAUAUGAAACUAUAUUAAACUCUGUAUGCCAUCUUGUAGUGAUUUUGUACAGAUUUCUAAGUGCUUUAUUAGUGAAUGCAAUAUCAAAGCUGUAACUGUUGACAUUAAAUCUCAAAACGAAUUACAGUUACAGUUUUGAAAAUGUGUUCUGUUUGAUUAAGCACCAAGUUAUGUGUAGCUGGUGUACAGUUUUGAAGUACCAAUACAGACAAACCUGUACUAAGCAGUGAGUUUCACAUUCUAGCUGCUUAGGGCUGAAUGCCUUUUAAUAUAAGUUUAAAAUUUGAACAAAACGUCUAUUUUGGAAGUUUGCUGACUGCUUACUUAAGGCAAGUGGCUACUAGCCUGUUAUGCUGUAGUUUCAAUCCCCUUAACACUUCCUUCCGCGCAUGCGCAUUAACACAGACAUAUGCAAGGGUCAAAAUUAGGUCAAAGUAUAUUUUGGGCAUUCCUUCAAAGAUAUAAAUGCUUAAAACAAAGCAAUAUAAAACAUGAAAAUUAUGCAUACAUAAAACCAGUCAUGUCAUCGGUCUGGAUCGCUAAAGAGCUUUCUUGUUAAUUCGCACCGUCUGACUGCAUAUGUGUAGAAAGUCUUGUUUAAUGUGAAAAAUUAGUAUUUACAGCACAGUUCACUUUGUUCAUUCCACCCUGAAGCCACUUGUAUGUAGAAUUGUAAAAUAACGAUGUACAAACUGGAUAGUGUAACUUUUUAAAAACACAUGUCAACUGGUAUUAUAA